CAUGGCCGGAGCCCCCACCCUGGCCCUGCUGCUGCUUGGGCAGCUCCUGGCCAUGACGGCGACCGAGGCGCAGAAAGUGGGACUUCGGGGCCCCCCUGGCCCCCCGGGGCCACCUGGGAAGCCAGGCAAGGAUGGCAUCGAUGGGGAAGUUGGUCCUCCGGGUCUGCCUGGGCCCCCAGGACUGAAAGGGGCCCCAGGGAAGCCCGGGAACCCAGGAGAGGCAGGGCUGCCUGGACUGCCUGGCGUGGACGGUCUAACGGGGGGGGAUGGACCCCCUGGACCCAGAGGCGCCCCUGGAGAACGGGGAAGUCUAGGCCCCGCUGGGCCGCCCGGGCUGGGGGGCAAAGGCCUGCCCGGACCCCCCGGCGAGGCAGGGGUGAGUGGCCUCCCAGGUGGAAUCGGCCUCCGGGGCCCCCCGGGACCCUCGGGACUCCCAGGCCUUCCUGGCCCACCGGGACCUCCUGGACCCCCUGGUCACCCAGGGGUCCUCCCCGAAGGCGCUACUGACCUUCAGUGCCCGGCCAUCUGCCCGCCAGGCCCUCCAGGGCCCCCGGGGAUGCCAGGGUUCAAGGGACCCACCGGCUACAAAGGGGAGCAAGGAGAAGUUGGCAAGGAUGGCGAGAAGGGUGACCCCGGCCCCCCUGGGCCUGCCGGCAUCCCAGGCACCGUGGGACUGCAGGGUCCUCGGGGCCUACGAGGAUUGCCAGGGCCACUCGGGCCCCCGGGGGACCGGGGUCCCAUUGGAUUCCGAGGGCCACCCGGGAUCCCAGGAGCCCCUGGGAAAGUGGGGGACAGAGGCGAGAGGGGCCCAGAGGGGUUCCGUGGCCCCAAGGGUGACCUUGGCAGACCAGGUCCCAAAGGGGUCCCUGGGAUGGCCGGGCCCAGUGGAGAGCCGGGCAUGCCAGGCAAGGACGGCCGGGACGGCGUGCCAGGACUCGAUGGCCAGAAGGGAGAGGCCGGUCGCAGUGGUGCCCCAGGAGAGAAGGGCCCCAAUGGGCUCCCGGGUCUCCCGGGACGAGCAGGGUCCAAGGGCGAGAGGGGAGAGCUGGGCAGAGCUGGCGAGCUGGGCGAGGCUGGCCCCUCAGGAGAGCCUGGGGUCCCCGGAGAUGUUGGCGUGCCUGGGGAGCAUGGCGAGGCUGGCCACAGGGGCUCAGCGGGGGCUUUGGGCCCACAGGGCCCUCCUGGGGCUCCUGGCAUCCAGGGCUUCCAGGGCCGGAAGGGCAGUAUGGGAGACGCCGGUGUGCCAGGCCCGCAGGGCCUCCGAGGUGGCGUGGGUGACCGGGGCCUCGGAGGAGCCACAGGCCCCAAGGGAGACCAGGGCAUUGCAGGUUCUGACGGUCUUCCUGGGGACAAAGGGGACCUGGGUCCCCGUGGCCCCGUAGGACCCAAAGGAGAGCCUGGCAAUCGAGGGGAGCUGGGCCCAAAAGGCAUCCAGGGUCCCAAUGGCACCAGCGGUGUGGAGGGCGUCCCGGGCUCCCCCGGCCCCAUUGGCGUCCAGGGCAUACAAGGUGUGCCUGGUGUGACAGGGAUACCUGGUGUCCCGGGGCAAGAAGCCAGCGAGCAGCACAUCAGGGAGCUGUGUGGGGCUAUGAUCAGCGAACAAAUCGCCCAAUUAGCUGCUCACCUGAGGAAGCCUUUAGCACCAGGAUCCAUGGGUCGGCCUGGUCCAGCUGGACCUCCGGGACCUCCGGGGUCCCCAGGCUCCAUCGGCCACCCGGGUGCUCGAGGGCCCCCUGGAUAUCGUGGUCCCACUGGAGAGCUGGGGGAUCCUGGACCCAGAGGCCACCAGGGAGACAGAGGAGACAAGGGCUCGGCUGGCGUGGGUCUGGACGGGCCUCAUGGAGACCAGGGGCUCCAAGGACCGCAAGGUGUGCCUGGCGUUAGCAAAGACGGCCGCGACGGGGCCCACGGGGAGCCCGGGCUUCCUGGAGAUCCUGGCCUUCCUGGCGCUGCUGGGGCCCAGGGGCCCCCUGGCAUCUGCGACACCUCUGCCUGCCAAGGAGCCGUGAUGGGAGGCGGCGGGGAAAAAUCGGGUGCUAGACGCUCCUAAAACAUAACCUCAGAAGGUGAGAGAAGUGGCGAGCCCCGAGGGCCACGCCUGGGCGGCUGUGCCGUUGCUCAGGAGUGUCGCACGCUGUGCUGCCAUGCCGUCAGGCGAGGCCUUCCUGGCUGCCCCUCCACGUCCUCAACGGCAGCAGCUGGACACUUGGUUUCAGGGGAAACCAUGCCCGUCCCUGAGUUGUCGUCAAGCGCUCCGUCUCCGCGAGUAUUUACGGUGGUCCAUUUCGGCUGUGACAUCAUACCUCAGACACAGACCCUAUGUAAUAAAAUUGUAAACCCAGCAUUUGAGAAGGAGAGAGUGUGUACAUACACGAAGUUUUGUACGAUUCCAACAUAAUAUUCAGCGACUUGUUUACAUAGCAUUUGUUUAAAGUCUAGAUAUAAUCUCAAUAAAGUGAUGUUAUAUCUUCAGAUUGACUAUCCACAGUGUAACAAAAAAUUUACUUAAUGUAUGGGUCCCUUUGGCACAAAGCUCUCACCUGAGUCAGCUCCUGCUUCUGUGGACAAACUUUAUC